CAGCCUAUAAAUACAACACUCUACAGAAAGCAAGGACGAGGAACAGACUCUCCAGUAUGGAAGCACCAGCUAUGGCAGAGGCAACAGUUCCUAUGGACAUUGAGAAUAUAGAGCUGAAGAGAGGCACAAGCUCAAAAGGAAUAGACUGCUCUUAUGUACUCAGAAAGUUUUGGUCUAUUAAGGAUAUUUCUGCCGAAUUCACAACUGUUAUUGAGCGCAAGGAUCGUCUUACUUAUCAUCAGGAUAGGAUGCAUUGUACACUUUUAAGAGUGAAAGAUCAUCAUUUUCAGCAUACACAGGUAUCAUUUCCAAUCUCUAAACUACGGCAUGUCACUCCAUUGUUCUCAUUGUUAAAAAUUUGUGAAGAAGGAGGUUUUAGAGCAAAUGUCUGGAACGCUAACCAGGAAAGUUUCAGAUCAGCAGCUGAAGAAUCCAGACCUGAACCCAGACCUGAGCCUAGACCUGAACCCAGACCUGAACCCAGACCUGAGCCCAGACCUGAACCUAGACCUGAAUUUGAUGACCUAAUAUUCUGGAGUGCGGAAUUUUCUUCAGAGGACACAGAGACUGCAAAACGUGAGGCGUACAAUAAUGUAAGGAGGGUGAUUUCCUCUUCAGAUGCUCAUAGAUUUGAAGGAGAAAUAAAGGAACAAUUUGGCAACUCCCCGGCUUUUAGGGAAGCUUCCCGUUAUGGAAACUUCAGGUUCUCUUUCCCAUUGUCCUACCUUCUGGGAAAGUACAAGGAUCAGCACUGCGGGGGUGGGGAGCCACAGCUGAGGAUUCUAAAAACUGAGCUCCACAAGAAGGAGAUUGCCCAUUAUAUUGUAGUCCACAGCCCUUCUACAACAAAGUUCAAUGAUUUCCCAGAGGUGCCCACUGUCCAGGGAAGCUCUGAUCCUCUGCCCUUUGUGUACUGGAUGGGUGAGACAUUAUACUGGAGACCGGAGUCCACUUCCAGCACUCUUCAUGUGAACAUUUCUGAAUCUGGUCGUGUCGAGAAAAAAUGCUACGAACCGUGUUACAAAUUUAACAAAUACGGCAAUUGCUGUCAUAUUAAAGAUGGAGUCUACAGUGUGUGGAACCAUAUGAUAUUUGCAUUCCAUCUUCCUGAAGAUCAGCUGAAGAUCCCUAAAGAAGACCUUCUGGAGAAUCUGACUGCUUGUGAUGCUGAUUCCCCAUUUUUGGGAAGUCGCCUUUUGCUAAAGGAGGCAGUGAAGUUUGUAGAGAUCGUGAAGGAUCCGAACACUGUCAUAAGUUCUAUCAAUGAGAUAGAAGUCGAGUAUACUUACCUCCCACACCCCAGUACAGAAGACCCAGAUCCAUGGCCCAUGAAAGGUAUUAUGUCGAAUCAAAUGAGACUUCCCUGGGAGAAGUACCUUGAGGACCCACAUCCUCCCAAGGAGGAGUACCUUGAGAACCCACAGCCUCCCGAGGAGGAGCACCUUGAGGACCCACAUCCUCCCGAGGAGGAGUACCUUAAUGGACCCACAGCCUCCCGAGGAGGAGUACCUAGAGGACCCACAUCCUCCCUGCAUCUCUAAUGUACCUUCACUGCCCACCUCAGCAGCAUCCGCAGACUCUUUUUAAUUUGUGCAGCACACGCAGCCCCACUGUAUCUCAUCUACAUCCUUGGACUUUGAUGCAUCUUUGCAACACCCACAGCCUCCACUGAACCCACAGACUCUGCUACAUCUCUGCCGCAGACACAGACCUGCUGCAUCUCACCUACAUCCUUGGACUUUGCUGCCCCCUCAGCAGCACCCAUGAAAUCUGUUGCAUCUCUGCUGUACAUGCAUCCCUGCUACGUCAGCUACACCCACAUAAUUUGCAGGAUCCCCAGCUACUCAUUAGAUUCCAAUUACAGAGUAAGCCACUGAAAAGAGGAGCAUUCUCCACAUCUCAGUUAAUGAAAACAGUGUUGCAAACUUCUUAGGUUACUCUAAAGUUGGCCAAAGACAGUUCAAAUCUCAGCCUGCUGAUUCGAACAAUGUAUGGGCAGGCUGAAUGUACCCAAGUUGACUGAUCAAUCAACUUGGGUACAACCAGCCUGCUGGAUUUUACAUAUGAUUAUUGUUAGCAACUAGCAGUAUUCACUGUGUUAUUUACCCCCCCGCUUUUGGCCGACAAAGGGUUAAAACCACAGCAGUGGUGCUUUAUCAGCGCUAUACCACUGCAGCGGCGCUUUGUCAGCGGUAUAGCCGUGGUAUGACCAUUCAUUUCAAUGGACAGGAGCGGGGGAGGAGCAGUAUAUGCACCGCUCCUUCACCGCUCCAAAGAUGCGACCAGCAGGACUUAUUUUACCGUCUUUACCGCUGUUUCAAGUCACUUUGCAGGUGCUUUUUUAGCGUUAUAGCGCCUGCAAAGCGCCCCUAGUGUAAAAAGGGGUCUUA